AUGAGGGCUGAAACCGCCUCGCCCCAGAGCCACGCUCACUCCUACAAGAUGCACUGCUUGGACAACGACAUCAACCAGCACUUCCAGGAUGCGAUCGAUGUCAUCCAGCAGCAUUCUAGUCAUCCCUACUAUGAUUCAGAAUAUGCGUACUAUGAUACUACGGGCGCUCAGCAGUGUCAGAUCUCCUACUACAUGGUUGGCCCCCACCCUGACAUGCCGGCCCCCGUGUACGACUGGCCUGACACCAGUGUGCAGCAGACGUGGUCUCAGGUGUUGCCCGAAGUCUCUUCGAUCCAAAAUGAACCCGUUCACUUUUACUCGUCUCAACGACUCGUGCCUUCACAGAGGAACAGAGGUCGCAAGAAGCUGCGCCUGUACGAGUACCUCCACGAGGCCCUUCACGAUCCAGACAUGGGCGACUCCAUCCAGUGGAGCGACAGCCAAAGCGGCACUUUCCACUUCGUUUCCAAAAACAAAGAACGUCUGGCGGAAUCCUGGGGUCAGCGCAAGGGCAACCGCAAGACAAUGACCUACCAGAAAAUGGCACGUGCUUUGCGCAACUACGGCCGCACUGGCGAGAUCGUCAAGGUGCGACGUAAACUCACCUACCAGUUCAACCCAGAAGUCUUGCACAGGCUGGGCUCAGGUGGGGCGCCGCACGGGACACCGAACAGCCAGGGUGUGCAAAACCGCGGCCCCAACUGGGAGAGCUGGUAUGGGCAAUGCCCGCUGCAGGACUAUGAGAAUGCUAGUUUCAAUGCAAAUUGUUGA